ACACUCACGGUGGAUUUAGGGGGAGAUAUUAUGAGGCUGGUGUCAUUAGGCGAUAGCUAUUGAAUCAUUCAAUCUUUACUCGUCGUUUCUUUUCCUUGAUAAUUUUCUUUCUCUCUCAGGUCAUUUCCAUGGUGUUCAGAUCCCCUUUAGAGCUUUAUCCCUCCCAUUUCUUCCUGCCAAACUUUGCUGAUCGCCCUCUGCUCGUGGCGAGCAGUGCGCCCAGCACCAGGUCUCCCGAAGACUUGUCAAUGUUUCAGCUACCGACCCUCAACUUCUCGCCGGAGCAAGUGGCGAGCGUCUGCGAGACGCUAGAGGAAACCGGAGACAUUGAGCGGCUGGGACGCUUCCUGUGGUCUCUGCCGGUGGCACCGGGAGCCUGCGAGGCGAUCAACAAGCAUGAAUCCAUCCUACGCGCUCGCGCCGUGGUUGCCUUCCAUACAGGGAAUUUCCGAGACCUCUAUCACAUCUUGGAGAACCACAAGUUUACGAAGGACUCCCACGGCAAACUUCAGGCCAUGUGGCUGGAGGCGCACUAUCAGGAGGCCGAGAAACUCCGCGGUCGUCCCCUAGGACCAGUUGAUAAGUAUCGGGUGCGGAAGAAGUUCCCGCUUCCCCGGACCAUCUGGGACGGCGAGCAGAAGACGCAUUGUUUCAAGGAGCGGACGCGAAGUCUGUUAAGGGAGUGGUACCUACAGGACCCGUACCCCAACCCCAGCAAGAAAAGGGAACUGGCACAAGCCACUGGACUGACACCGACACAGGUCGGGAAUUGGUUUAAAAACCGGAGGCAAAGAGACAGAGCCGCAGCAGCCAAAAACAGGCUUCAACACCAAGCAAUAGGACAGAACGGUAUGCGGUCCCUUUCAGAAUCCGCCUGCACUCCUCACAGCUCGGCGGAAUCGCCAUCCACCGCGGCCAGUCCAACCACCAGCGUGUCCAGUAUGACAGAGAGAGUCGACACUGGCACGUCCAUUCUCUCAGUAACAUCCAGUGACUCCGAGUGCGAUGUAUGAUACAAAAAAGAGAAUUACUUACAGGGAACAUGGACCUGAUUUACAAAAACAAACUAUGAAAUACCGGGGAAGAUAAAAAGGACCAAUUGAUAUAAUUAUUAUAAGUAAAAUAAAAGCACGUCUUUUUCAAGCGCUUUCUAUGGACCCACGACUCCUCUUGCCCCUAUCACUACUUGCAUGAUAUCUAUAUUUUUUGUUAUUCGGGGGAGACAAAUAAACCUCGAGAAAACAUUUUUACGAGGAUCACCGAGAAGAGGGAAUUACCAGAAUCCGGUGUUUUGUCGCCUUUUCAUUUUAACUUCUGUUCUUUUUUUUUAUCAGUUCUAGUCCAAAUGGUAACGCGCAAACAAGAUGCAAUCUUUUUUUGUAUUUCUUUUAUGUUCAUCAGACAAUCAUUUGAGUCCUAAGCACCUUUUUACUACACUCUGUCACUGCCUGUGUGGGUACUGGUUAACAUGUG